CCAACAGAGCUGACCAAGACAGACCCAGACGACAAAGGGAGGAUUGUCCACUACGAAAGCAGCCACAGCUGGCUCUCUUCCGAAGGAGAUGGGUUGCACGAGCAAUGGCGCACAACGCAGUCACGACGGGAUGGCGAAUACCACUGCCGGUUUUGCCCUUACUCGAGCCCUUCUACACAAGCAGUUGCUGCUCACGAAAGAACGCACACGGGAGAGAAGCCUUUCAGCUGUCUUGUUUGUUGGAAAACAUUUGCGCACAGGUCUAACUUGCGAGCUCAUGAAAAGACCCACACUGAUUUGGCCAAGACAGAUUGGGGCUAUGAAAGCGUGAGCCUUGACAGCAGCAGUGACUUCCCUUACCAAAGCGAUCAGUUGGUCGUGUACCAACAGAAGACGGACAUAGAGGGAAAUCGCCAAAGCAACCUGUGCCCUUGCUCCGGCAGUUGUGUAUGUAAUAUUACUUCUCACCAAAGGACGCACAUGAAAGAGAGGCCCUUCAGUUGUCAUGUCUGUCAGAAGGCGUUCUCAAAGAAGCAUCACCUAGUGACUCACCAAAUGACGCACACGGGUGAAAGGCCUUUCAGUUGCCAGGUCUGCCAGCAGGCAUUUGCAAAGAGUGGCAGCUUGGUGCGUCACAAACUGACCCACACAGGGGAAAAGCCGUACGAAUGUGGCACAUGCGGGAGUGCUUUUGCACGGAAAUCCAGCUUGAUAUGCCACAAGAAAACUCACACGGGGGAGCAGCCACACGUUUGCGACGCCUGUGGAAAACCGUUCUCGCAGGAACCUAUGUUACGUCGGCAUCAAGGAUGCAGGCACACGUGAGGGAUACAUAUCGUGAUCCACGUAGAUGAGUUACACAAUGACCCUGUUUGAAGCUUCGGCUAGUUUUGGCACAUUCUGAUAAACUUUCUGAAGGCCCAUCUGUCCUCAAAUUGUGAAAAGUAUAGAUUAUAUGUUGUAGUUAAAAUGAUUCUUGUUCUUACUACUGUAUCACAAGUCUACCUUGCUUUCUGUUUUCUGCAAAUAUCUAAGUGUGGCAAGUUGUCGAUAUCCUCUCCUGAGAUAUCCGGGUUUGCAUAUAGUGGUAUGUCUGCGCUGUUACCACUUGCAAUAUUUUCCUCUAGGCGCUACAGGUUAACUAAAUAAAUAAAUAUGUCACUUACCAUGCUGAUCGCUUAUCAGGCCAUCUCAAAGUAAAUUUUUUUUAUGCUCUGUUUUUUAGACCAACUUUUCAAAACUUCAGUCCAUCAUAAACUUCAAUCCUUGCAUCUACUCUAGAAUCCACUCAAAAGCAUUCUGCUCUUUUCAAACACAAACUACCAUCACUGCGGAGCCUGCACAACAUCUAGAAUAAUCGAAGCCUCCGCAUCGCCUCCUCUCCCUUCUUGAAACAUCAUCACUGUCAGAUCGCGCCAACUUGGCUAUUGGGCCCAACCUGACCUUCGACGCGCUGAUUGAACACAAGCCCCGGCCGAACACUGAUGCAGCACUUGUGCCCAAUCUCAAGCCUCGAUCGAUCUGACUGUGAUCAUGGUGCAUGGGCCUUCUGCUUAUCUAGGUGGUGUUGGCCUGCAUAAGCUCUGAAAGCAUCUCUGUUGCCUAAUCACUCUAUAUUGGGGAAAAAAGUACCUUGUCUAUAUUCUGAACACUUUCCAACCGUCUUAAAAAUAAAUGAAACGAAAUAUGUUUAAGUAGCGUCAGGGUUUUGGACUGCUGGUGUUGAGCGUUGUUUCUUGAAGAAACUGGCAAACUUCAGCGUCAUUCAUUACGCUUUCCAAUUUUUUUUUCUUGGUUAUGCAUAGGGUUCUGCGUUUUCAGUUUUUAUUUUUUCAAAAUUCGGCGUACUGUUUUCGGUGUUUAUUCUAAAAUUCAAUUUUCUGUUUUUUACGGUGUAUAUUUAUGCCCACAAAAGUUUGCCGUGUUUUUUCGGUGAAUUUGAAAUAAGCACCAACGGACACCGGAUCAGAUAACCCUUGUGCUUUGAUAUUUGUGAUCACUCAAAGACAAACGGCACAGAUACGUUGAAAAAGAAAUGGACACUUUUGGCAGAUCUGUGCAGCUGUAAAAGACACAAGAAAAAACACAACAGAAGUACAGACGAGUCAGAUAUGAAGCCUACGCCCAAAAACAUUGAGCUUCACCUUCUGUACAUCAGGAUUACGUGACCUUAUUAUAGUAAACACACAUGUACUUUCCAAAGUUCUCGUUGAUCCGCACUCUUUCCAACUAAUAUGACCCCGAGCUCCGAGAAUAACACUGGACACUAGCAGGCUGAGAAGGUGAAGCGCUGCCUGAGCCAAAAUCUGCCACUGAACCAAAUCUGACCGCCAAAAGAGACACGGUGCGACUUUUUGAAGCAAAACAUAUUUCGUGUACUCACUAAACUCUGGCUGCAGAGCUUGCAUCAAGUCAGUCUCCCUUACAGCGAGUUUGAAAACAGGCUCGUACAUUGUGAAGUCGUGAAGCAUUUCGGACUUCACGUUCCACUUGAUGAUGCGCACAUUAAACCAUAACCUCGUGAUGGCACCUGUGUAUCCCAUACAUUCAGACAUGUUUUGAUAGACGCUGUCAUUCCACUUUUUCGCCAGGGCUCUACUGUAUGACGGGAAGGUCAAAGUGGCCUUUUUCGGUUAAAACUGAAUUUCCGAAAAUGGAUUCGGUGUACUUUUAUCGGUUUAAACCGAAAACUCUGAACCCUCGUUUUGCAGCACCAUCCUUUAGUAUAUCUACAAAUAAGGAUAUAAGUUAGGGACCACUAGAAGAAAGGCAAUAUUAGUUGGUUGCUUUGCUAAUGAACUAAAAUAUUUUACAUUUUAAAUUUUUCUGACGUAACAUAGUUGGGAGUGAUUUUGAUUAAAAAAAAUUGUAGCAAGUGCUACAUCACAAGAAAUGGCUAUUGCAAACAGUACGAGCAGUAACACUAAAGCGCGUCGCCUUCGGUGUAUGCUGCGCCACCUUGAGGAUGAUAAAACUUGAUUGGGGAGGGGGUUGGGGGUGUGUGCAUUUGCUCAACACCGCGUAUCCAAACACAGACGAUGCUACGAGCUGAUGGGACCAAUCAGAUAGUGUCAAAAGCGCACCAUCAUGGUCAUGUUUCUGUUCUAUCAUCGUUGAACCAAUCAUAAACAUGGAAGGUCUAGUGACUUGGGCUUUUGACGCUGCUUGGUUGGUCCUAUUACCAUCGUAGCAUCGGCUGCGUCUGGACCUUUUACAGCGAAGCUGUAAAUGGCUAGGGUUUUAUGCAUUUUUGGUAUUCAUGUGCAGAAACAAAAUCGCAUGUAAGAGCGCUCCAUUGUAUGGAAAUGCAUAUACACCCUGUCACCUCGAUAUACAUUUCGAUAAGGAAAGAUGUUGGAACGUGUAAUAAAUGAGAUAUGUCGGAGAACAAUGAGCCUUCUCCUGCUUGAGUCGGGUGAUGUCACUGCUUUAAAAGCAUUAUAUGUAUAGAUUUAACUUUAGCAAAGAAUCACGCCAAAGUUGUAAUGGGACCCAUUAGUGUAUUAUAUCGUAGUGAUCACAAACUAUCAUCACUACCGUUUCAAAAUGGUGUAUAUAUACUGUAAAUAAACAUUUGGUGA